AUGUCCUCGACCGAAACCACAGCUUCGACAGCACCGAUAGCAACGCCGGCAGCAGCGCCGGUAGUAGCUCCGACAGCGGCUCCGACAGCAGCAUCAUCCGGUCCGGCCUCGAUCCUCAGCCUUGAUGCCCUCUUCAACAACCCCCUCUUCGCCGGCGGCAUCGGCCUCGCAAGUCUAGGCGCAGUCGCAGCCUUCGGCCGCAAAGGCGUCGUCGUCGCAGCCGGAGCUGCCCGCCGUCGUCUCCUCGUCAACGUCGAGAUCAGCAAGCAAGACCCGGCCUACCCAUGGAUUCUCGCGUGGCUGUCGCAGCCGCGCGAGCAGGCCGGCUUCAUCGCCUCGCGCAUCACCCGCAUCCACAACCUUUCCGUCUCGACGACAACGACGACGCAGCGAGGCGCGAAUAGCCCGACGAAUGCGCACUUCUUCCUGCAGCCUGGCUAUGGGCGACAUAUCGUCCAGCACAAGAAUGCGUUCAUCGCAAUCAAUCGCGAGAAACACAAUACUGCCAACAUGAACACGGGCGAGCCGCACGAGAUUGUGCAGUUGACGACGCUGUGGGCGCACCGUCACGUCUUUGAGGACAUCUUUGGCGAGGCGCAUGCGCUUGCAGCCAAGGCGAACGAGGGCAAGACGGUCGUGUACUCUGCGAGGGGCAUGGAAUGGGCGCCUCUCGGCGAUCCUCGGAAGAAGCGACCUCUCGGCUCGGUUAUACUAGACGAGGGCGUGAAGGAGGGAAUCGUGGACGAUGUGAAGGACUUCCUGGGGCGCCAGCAAUGGUAUGUCGACCGGGGAAUUCCCUACCGUCGCGGGUACCUGCUAUUCGGACCCCCUGGCAGCGGCAAGAGUUCCUUCAUUCAGUCUCUUGCUGGUGAGCUGGACUUUAGUGUGGCCAUGGUCAAUCUCAGCGAGAUGGGUAUGACGGACGAUAAGCUGGCGUACCUCUUGACGAAGCUGCCACGCAGGAGUAUCCUGUUAUUGGAGGACGCGGACUCUGCGUUCGUCAACCGCAGGCAGCGCGAUGCCGAUGGCUACAGCGGCGCCAGUGUGACCUUCUCUGGUCUGUUGAACGCGCUCGACGGUUUGGCAGCUGGCGAGGAGCGCAUAGCGUUCUUGACAACGAACCAUAUCGAGCGUCUUGAUCCGGCACUGAUCCGGCCUGGACGUGUGGACAUGAUGAUGCGCAUUGGCGAGGCGACCAAACACCAGGCUGGUCUGAUGUGGGAUCGCUUCUAUGGUGACGUGGACACAGACGGUGCUGGUCGGGAACGUUUCUUGCAGAGGCUGGAGGAUCUGGGGCUCUUUGGCAACGGGACCGGGGAGACGGCGAACCGUUUCACGAGUACAGCUGCGAUCCAGGGCUUGUUCUUGUUCAACAAGAAUGACAUGCAGAGCGCGAUUGAUAUGGCCGAGGGCCUUAUUCCGCGCAAGUUUGAGGCUGAGGAUGCGAUCCCCGAGGGAGCCAUCAAGACGAAGGCCUGA